AUGGCUAGUGAUCAAGAAAACUCACAAGAUGCAAAUGCUCCUGAUGAUACUUCAGAAAAAGAAAUUACACGAGGCAUCACUAUUAUGAAGAGUAUCAUUCGUGAUAGAGAUAAAGCAGUAACAUAUAAUGUAAAUUGGAAUGCUGAUAACCAACUAAUUGGGUCUAAUGCUGCAAAGUUGGCAAGCUACAUUGGUACACUUGUUCGUAUGCACAUUCCAAUCACUGCUACAAGAUGGAGUAAUAAAGAGUUGGGUAGCGCUAAAGAUAAGAUUUGGACUGAGAUACUGAGGUCUUUUAACAUUGAAGAUACAACUAUCCGAAAAAAGUAUAUACUUCAAUUGGCCGGAAAAAGACACAGAGGGUGGAGAACGUUUUUAACAAACAAGUAUCUUAAGGACAAAGAAAUUUUUUUUGUUGAAUAUGAUCCGGAAUAUCCAGUGAAGUAUGCGAUCUUCAUUACAGAAGAAGAAUGGGUUGCUUUUGUAGCCCAAAGAAGAGACGAAAAUUUCAAGAAAGUGAGUGCCACAAAUCGCGAGAGAGCGUCAAAUCCCACGUAUGCAUACAAAAAAGGGCGUUUGGGAUAUGCACGCUUAGAGGAAAAAAUUUUAGACGAGACGAAAAGUGACGCAACAUCACUUCCGCCACAUGUUUUGUGGAAAGAAGCUCGUGUGGGAAAGGAUGGAACUGUUAGGGAUGACGUUCAACAUAUUUAUGAUGAAUGUGAGACCCUAUCUCAAUCGAUAAGCACAGCUGAGGACCAGGAGAACAGGAGCGUACUUAGUAGAGCACUAAAUGUUCCUGAGUAUCCCGGUCGGGUGAGGGGUAAAGGGCAUGGUUGUACUCCAACUUCCUUGUAUAAGAAUCCAAGGAGAAGAAAUCCUAGCAAUCAAGAAGUGAUGGAGACGUUGCAGGCAUUACAAGCGCAAGUUCUUCAAUUGCAAAAGGAUAAUGAGAGAUAUAGGGCAUUUCAUCUUGUCAGCUAUACUUAUCGUCACCGACUUAUCGCCUAG